AUGUCCGAAAACACUCUUCCCCCAACUUCAACGCCCCAGGCUGCGCCCGCCCCAGUACCCGUUGCUAGCGAGCAGCCUGCAGUUGCGCAGGCUACCACCACGCCGAGCGCGUCGGUGACAGCCACGGCUGCCGCUGCGACCGCCGCCGUCAACAGCACUCUCAACGGCGCCGGAGAGCAACUCCCCUGCCAGUGGGUGGGUUGCACCGAGAAGUGUACCUCUGCUGAAACACUCUACGAACAUGUCUGCGAGCGCCAUGUCGGCCGCAAAAGCACCAACAACUUGAACUUGACCUGCCAAUGGGGCAACUGCAACACGACCACCGUCAAGCGCGACCAUAUCACCUCCCAUAUUCGCGUGCAUGUCCCCUUGAAGCCGCACAAGUGUGACUUCUGUGGUAAGGCCUUUAAGCGGCCUCAAGAUCUGAAGAAGCACGUCAAAACCCAUGCCGAUGACUCCGAGAUCCGAUCCCCGGAGCCGGGCCUUAAGCACCAUCACCACCCGGAUAUGAUGUUCCCCCAGAACCCCAAAGGAUAUGCUGCUGCCACGCAUUACUUUGAGGGGCCCAUGAACGGCGUUUCGAGCGCCGCGUACUCUCAUGGAGCUCCCCAGUACUACCAGGCCCACCCACCUCCUCCGGCCGCCAACCCUCAUUCGUAUGGCAAUGUAUACUAUGCGCUGAGCCAGGGCCACGAUGGUACCCAGUCGUACGAUCGCAAGCGUGGAUAUGAUGCUCUGAACGAGUUCUUCGGUGACCUGAAGCGACGCCAAUUUGAUCCCAACUCCUAUGCGGCUGUUGGCCAACGCUUGCUUGGCCUCCAGGCUCUUCAGCUUCCAAUUCUGAACGGCCCGGUUCCUGAGUACCAGCCUAUGCCCGCUGCCGUUCCAGCUGCCGGUGGUGGUGGCUACAGCCCUGGUGGUGGUCAUGCUCCAGCCUACCAUCUUCCUCCAAUGUCCAACGUCCGCAGUAAGAACGAUUUGAUCAACAUCGACCAGUUCUUGGAGCAGAUGCAAAACACCAUCUACGAGAGUGACGAGAAUGUUGCCGCUGCCGGCGUUGCUCAACCCGGCGCUCACUACGUGCAGGGCGGAAUGAGCUAUCGGGCAACCCACUCUCCUCCAAGUCAGCUGCCUCCUAGCCACGUUACUGCAACUACCUCUGCUCCUAUGAUGGCUGCUACCGCCCACUCACCCUCCACUGGUACUCCCGCUCUGACGCCGCCCUCAAGCGCCCAGUCAUAUACAUCCCAGCGGUCACCGGUCUCUCUUGCUCACACUCACCGCGUGUCGCCGCCUCAUGAGAGCGGUGCCGGCAUGUACCCUCGUCUGCCGUCGACCACCAUGUCCGACAAUAUGACGGCCGGCUACCCGACUACCUCCAGCGCGGCUCCCCCGUCCACCCUAAGCGGCGCAUUCGACCAUGAUGAUCGUCGCCGCUACACUGGUGGCACCUUGCAGCGCGCUCGUCCCGCCGAGCGGGAAGGAGAUGAAAACCGCAUGGAUAUCUCGGCCGAUGGCGAGCGCACUCCUACCAAGGAGCACCCCUCCAUCACGUCGAGUCUCAUUGAUCCUGCCUUGUCAACUGCUUCUCCGGACCCCGACCAAGAGGCUGCUCAGCGGACCGCUCAAGCUGCUACGGAGGUGGCGGAGCGCGUUGACAAUGUCGCGUGGGUGGAGAAGGUCCGACUGCUGGAGAACCUGCGGCGCUUGGUCUCCGAUCUGCUGGAGCAGGGUCACUUUGAUGGAGACUCGGCCGGCCACAGUGGUGCUGACGAGUCGCCCCUUCCCUCGGGUGACGGCGCCAUGGACGGUAUCGAGACGGCCAGUACUCGGGCCUCUCCCGAGCAUGGCAAGGAGCCGGCCAAGUCUGAGGAGGGUACGGCGGUCCUCUAUCCGACCUUGCGGGCGGUGGACGAGGAUGGAGAUGCCAAAAUGCCUGGCGACGAGUAG